UGGCGCAGCGUUAUUACGUCACGCGGUGGCGCGCCUUGUUGAUGAUUUUGCUGUAAAUGUUGUUACUGUUAGUCUUAACAUGUUGCAUUAACGUUACUUCUAACUUACUGGUGGUUUGAAUAUAAGAAAAGGCAACAAAAGGCAGUAAAAUGUGGAUACUGACACCCCUGGAGCCUGGAGGUGAGACCCACUAUCUCUGCUCCAGCAAAGAGUACGUGGUGGGCCGCAAGAACUGUGAAAUCCUCCUACCCAACGACCAGUCCAUCAGCAGGGCUCACGCUCAUCUGACUGCUACUGACCAGACCUUGACUCUAAAGGACAACUCCAAGUAUGGUUCAUUUGUCAACGGGCAGCGUGUGACAGAGAACACAUCAGUGAACCUGAAGUCAGGAGACAGUGUGACAUUUGGGGUUUUUCACAGCAAAUUCAGUGUGGACCAUCAGAAGCCAGUGGUGUGUACGUCAUGUUUGGACAAUGAUGGCAAGGCGUCGCUCUCUCAGGCCCUGUUGGCUUUGGGUGGAAAGCUGGUCAACACCUGGACUCAGGACUGCACCCACCUGGCCAUGCUCUCUGCUAAAGUCACCAUCAAGACUAUUUCCGCUCUGCUGUGCUGUCGUCCCAUCGUGAAGCCAGAGUUCUUCUUCGAGCUCAGCAGAGCUGCUCAGCAACAAUUGCCCCUUCCUAAAGCUGAAAGUUUCAUCCCUGAGAUUGAUGAACCCAGCUUGAGUAAAGAGGACGUUAACCUUGGAGUGGUUCCAGUUCGCAAACAGCUCUUCACCGGAAAGACCUUCAUAUUCCUCAGUGCCAAACAACUGAAGCGCCUGAGUGCAGCCGUGAGUUUUGGAGGUGGCCGGUGCCAGCUGCUGGCGGUGGGCUCUCUGCCCCGAAACCUGCUGGAGUGUCAACAGAGCUGUGUGGUCGAUGUUACGACAGGCAGCUCCCAACCUCUGCUUCCUUCCUCUACUGCAGAUUGGGCACACUCUGUGAAGAAUAUUGUUCAAAGAAAAGGCCUCAGAGUCAUCACAGAGUCUGAAAUUGGUUUGGCCGCCAUCUAUGCUUCCUGUGACAAGUACUGCAAUCCAUGUAGUCUAACACCUGACUCAGAGUCAGCCCCAAAAGAGCAACCCAGAAUCCUGAGUGCUUCGCUGUCACAGAGCAUGGCAGUGGAGGAGACUGUGUUACCUGCAGCAUCUCAGAACAUCACAGCUUAUGCAGUCAACACAGAGCCAUCACAAGGGACGGAGCUAUUUAAAGGAACAACGGUGAUGUCAGUAGGGGAGACUCCUGAGAGGAAGCAAAACCAGAAGGGCAGUGAGCUCCAUGGAUCCAAACCUGUAGCUCCGAAGACGACCUCUCAGUGCAUCGUGGCUGAUACGAUGAGCUCGUCGUUCAACACUGUAGAGGACACGGCCUCACAGAGGAAGAAGCCUGAGUUCAAACCGAGAGUUUCAGGUGCAGGCAGUAGUGGCAUUAGGUCCAAGCCAUCCCCUCCCAGGACUAAUGGUGGCACAAAGACAGUCCUACAGAAGCAAUCUCCUCAGAAACAGAACAUCUCUGCACAAGCUUCCCCACAGAAGCAAUCGACUCUGACCAAUUUCUUUACCAAGAAAAGGCCUUUGGAGGACAAGCUCAUCGCUGCCAUGUCAGAGCCAAAACGGCCUUUACUGGAAUCAUCCCUCAGCAUCCGGGCACCAAACACUUCAUCCACGUCUGAAGAAAUGUCUUCCUGUUCAGACAGAGACCCUGAGACAGCUGAUCUGUUUGUACCACGGUUAAAGGCUCAGCAGGAGCCACGGAGUAGAAAGAGGAAGGAGAUGGAAGCGGAGAUACAGAUGGAUGAACUGGAGUUUAUUAUGUCUGAGGAUAUGGACUGCUUUGAUGAGCAACCCUCGGGUAAUGAAGGCCAGCAAGCACCGCUAAUAAUGAGCAGUUCCACCGAACAGCAACGAGGUUUAAAGACAGUGGAGGCUGCGUCUUCAAGCAAGAGGCAGCGGGUGGUCAAAGAGUCCAGUUCCCAUAAGAACCAAACGACUGACCAGCAUAUCGUCUCCAUCAAGACAGAGCCGGUUCAGCCUGUUGAAUACAAGACAACUAAUCACAAGUCCAGCAAACCUCCAAAAGUGUCACCUGCCAAUACUAGUACAGACAUAACGCCUUUUGAAGAUAACGAGGCGUCUUUCAUUGAGCAGGAUUCAGAACUACUCAAAGCAGAUAUUUGCCAGCCUGCAGAAGAGACUAAGAAACCGGUUACAAUCAAACAGGAGGUCCAAGAGUCAAAGAUUGAUGAAGACCUUCCUAAAAAGCUGGUUUUAGUGGAGUUUAGAUCUCUCACUGUGAGUGCACCUCCCAAAACCAAACCACAGAGGAUGCAGAACAUAUACGCUAAGAACUUCAAAUGCUUCCGCAAGGUCGGCGUGUCAGGUGCAGCGGUCUCAGCCCACAUCAUCGGAGGGUCUGAUCUGCUGGUUCACAACAGGGGCAAAAACACUGACCUGGAUGAAUGGCUGAAAGAUGCAGCUAUGGAGGAGCGUCAGAGCAAACGGGACGAGAGUGCUGGAGAUGACCUCUUUCGGUACAACCCCACCAAACUAACCAGGAGAAGAUGAAAUGCCUUCAUCUUAAUGUCCUACAGAGGGCAUUCAUUUCAAAGGCACAGGAAGUAUGUCAAACUCCAUCAACAGCCCAGAAAUAGUUCAACAGAUAAUUCCUAAUAUCUGUAUUUCAGCUGUACUUGCUUUAGAACUGCUAGAUCAGAAAUGUUUUGUCAAUGUUUUACUAUUGCUGUUCUUCUUGUGCUUUCUAUGUAUAAAAGUCACAAAUUAAACCACUGACAGCCAGCAUUGUAACAAAACA